UAUGUUCAUUUUAGGAUUCACUUUUUCAAAGACCUUUUUUUGGAGUCACUUAUUACUUUCAGUCAAAACGUAUACUUAACAAAAAUUUUCAAUGCAAUCCAAAAGUUCUUAAGAUGAUUCAAGUGAUGAAAGAUGGAUCUUUACUGAAGAAAAUGAGAAAAUGAAGGUACUGUUGUAUGUAGUGGUCUAGUCAGAUCAGUCUGGCAACAGUUAAAAUCAAAGUUCAACUCUUGUUGAGAUGAAGAUCUGUAGAUGUUUUGGUUUUGUUCAUGCUGAAAUGAGAGAGAUGAAGAUAGAUGAUUGACUAUAAAAGACCAAGAUUUUGGAUAAUAGAGGCAGUUCAGCUCCAGUCAGACUUCCAUCCUACUGUCUGAGCUGACCUCCCCCUGGCACCUACGAUUCGUCGGCAGGAGUCAACCAUCCCUCCUCCUUCCCUCUUGUGAGUCUCUCAUCAUCCUGUAUGCUAUGUAAGUGUAUAUCUUGUGUUUGUCAUUCUGUCAUGAGCAGCGUUUGAGGCAUCUUUCCGUGAUGGGCUCAACCCAACACAACAGUACUUGUAGGUAAUUUAUUAUCCAUGCAUGCAUCUAUGAAUGAAACUAAUGAGUUUCAUUCGAUGCACAAAUGGACGAUAAAUUUCCUAUAAGUACCCACAUUUUCGCGUUUGGUUCAGUAACGAUCCAUCUUGAAUCUGCGAAUUCUUCCCGAAAUAACACAUUCAAUUAUGUCUUUUUAGGGACGUGUGGCCCGCGUCGCAGUUUGAAGAGGUGGCGUUGUUUUGCAAGGACCAUCUCCUGGGCUCGGAUCUGAGGAGUCACGUCCGGAAGUGCCCGUUCCCGAUGUCCCACAAAGGGGACAUUUUCCCUUCCUUCAGAGUGGAAGGAGGAAGCCUGGGAGUGCAAUGUUUUGGGGACCUUAUGAUUACUGCCCCGGCAGCUACCCAUAUGGGUUUUAACACGGGCGAAAACUAUUGUGAGGCUGUCAAUUUCGGCAACCGUUUCUGGCUGUCGUAUGUGAAGGGUCGGAUGGAUGCUGGCACGUACCCGGAGUGCUCCUACAAGCACAAGAAGAACUGUCAGAGCAUAACGCCCACCCCCGCUGACUUCCAGAAGUGGGAAAAUGUUCAGCACUUCGACUCCAUCCUCACAAAACGUUUCGCCCGAGGCCCACGCAACUGCCAACCGUCCAGUACCAUGUGCUCCAAAUGCAAUAAAAUAAUUGUGGGUGAACAUUACAUCAGUAAGGAGACCGGUAAACCGCUGUGCUCCAGUUGCAGGGAAAAGGAACGCAUGCUCGACAGAUUGUGCUCCAGGUGCAAUACAGUGCGUUUGACGAAAAAAAAUCGCAGACGUGUGUCGCAGGAGAAGGGUAGCCGGUACAUCUGCACUUCAUGCCACGAUGCCAUCCACAAGCGGGGCACAGGUGACAAAAAUCCAAAACGAGGAAGGUCAAGGUCCCCUACGCCUGAACCCGAACCGUCUCGUAUGGGUACUAGGAGCUCCGGCGCAACCAGUUGCUAAAUUCCUCUGGUAAGUGGUUUACACAGUCAAGUUUGGUUACCAUUCUUCCAUAAGGCACCCUUCCUCGGAUGGCCGUCAGCAAACUUGAAUCACCAUCUGCAAUCAGCGUAUCGUAAUGUACCCUGUGCAUUUCUUCGCUCCUAUUAUAUCUCUCAACAAUGAUAUCCGCUUCCAUGGCAGGCGAAGUACCAUUCCAAUUAAGUUCAGUAUCAGCAAGAGAAUGUUACUGAUCGUCUCCGCACAUCUGAUUCGACAUAGAAGUAAAAGUGCCAAAGAUAAACUACCCUUUUUCCUACCUUGUGAUGUCAAGUAGCUUCUAAGAUUCACAUCAAAAUGUAAGAGAAAGAAAGCAAAAUCCCGAACGCUCACCCACGGACUACUCUAUCCUAUUGCACCACAUUCAUGUAGCAGGGCCUUGCCGUAAUCUAUCCAAAUUUGCUCAAUACUUUUCGUCCCAAGCAUCACUUUAACGAACGUCAGUGAAUGAUCGGAAAUGUCCUUUAUGAAUCAAGUGUAAUACCUUAAAUUUUAAGAGAUAAAAAUAAAAUAAAUAAUUGGUCCAUCGUC